AUGGCGUUUUCUCUGAGAGACAAUCCUAGAGCUCUUAAUCGUUGGGAUUCAGAGACCCCUGCCCUGUCAACGUGCAGUAAUGCAGACAUCUUCCGCAGAAUGAACACCAUGCUGGGGAACUCCCUGGACCUCACUGGGGUGUGCACCACUCCCAGUGGCAGGACCAAGCGGGAUUCCUUGAUGGACCGUCCGGAGUCGGACCUGUCUGCGGUCCGGAGCAAGAUGCUUUUUCCCAGCGGUGGCCAGGACUCGUCGCGAGUUUUGCCUGACGUCAGUGAGCUCGGCCUGGGCUUGCAGUCCCUCAGCCUGUCCGGCUGGGAGAGGCCAUGGAGCAGCCAGGACUCUGAGCCGGCAGUCCCAAACAACAAUGCCUCCAUGCUUGGGCUUCUGGAAAGCCCUCUCGGCCAGCUCCUCAACAAGCCUCCAGUCUUCAGCUCAAACGAGUCCAGCACAGGGGCUUCCGACUUCCUGGAGAAGUUUCCAGGCUUGGCACGCAUGAAUUCGCGUUCCUUGCUUGGUUCCCACUCCAGCAGCCCUGUGGAUUCCGAGACUAGUGGCUUCAGCUCCGGCUCCGAUCACCUCUCUGACCUGCUGUCCUCUCUGAGGAUCUCCCCCUCCAUGCCCUUCAUGUCCAGCAUGCAGAAGGAUCCGCUGAAGUUGGGUCUCGGCUCCCGUAUGGACCAUGACAGCUCUCCCCUGACCCCUCCACCCAGCACCAGCCCAGGCAGCAGCUUGUCCCGCCGUUGGCCUGGUGCGUCCGUCUGGCCCAACUGGGACCUGCUGGAAGCCCCAGACGGCCCCUUCAGCAUCGAGAGGGAAGCUCGACUCCACAGACAGGCAGCAUCAAUUAAUGAGGCCACGUUCACAUGGAGUGGCCAGCUCCCCUCCAGGAACUAUAAAAGCCCUGUCUACUCCUGCAAGGUCUUCCUCGGAGGAGUUCCAUGGGACAUUACUGAGGCUGGCUUGAUCAAUACCUUUAACUGUUAUGGCCCACUGAGUGUGGAGUGGCCUGGUAAGGAUGGCAAGCACCCACGUUGCCCUCCUAAAGGUAAUAUGCCCAAAGGGUACGUGUACCUGGUAUUUGAGUCGGAGAAGUCUGUGCGGGCCCUGUUGCAGGCCUGCACCCAGGAUUUGCUUCACCCUGAGGGCUACAGCGAGUACUACUUCAAAAUGUCCAGCAGGCGGAUGCGCUGCAAGGAUGUCCAGGUGAUCCCAUGGGUAAUCUCAGACAGCAACUAUGUGCGCUGUCCUUCUCAGAGGCUGGACCCCAGUAACACUGUGUUUGUAGGGGCUUUGCAUGGCAUGCUUAACGCAGAAGCCUUGGCCAGCAUCAUGAAUGACCUGUUUGGGGGAGUCAUGUAUGCAGGGAUUGACACAGACAAGCACAAGUAUCCAAUCGGGUCUGGCCGUGUGACCUUUAACAACCAGCGCAGUUAUCUAAAGGCAGUCAGUGCUGCAUUUGUUGAAAUCAAGACCCCUAAAUUCACAAAAAAGGUCCAGAUUGACCCAUAUCUGGAGGAUUCCAUGUGUCAGGUGUGCACUCGUCAGCCAGGACCCUUCUUCUGCAGGGACCAGGCCUGCUUCAAGUACUACUGUCGCUCAUGCUGGCACUGGCAGCACUCUAUGGACAUCCUCAGCAACCAUCGUCCUCUGAUGCGGAACCAGAAGAACCGGGACUCCAGCUAAAGGCCUGCUGUGUUGGGGCAGCGCUGUGCUGCUGCCUGUAUCCCAGGGUGAAGCUCCAGCCCUGUAGAGGGUGCACACCAGCAAGCACUGCUUUGCAGAAACACUGUAGAAAGUUCACUUGGGCACUCCCCCACCCUUCCCCCUUAUCUUUUGGCUUGUUCACUUUGGCACUUUGCACAGUGAAAUGAAGGGGUUACAGGGACCCACACAGCUGAGUCCCCUGGAAUUUUUGGGGUGAGAAUAAGGCCAUGAUUCAGGU